AUCAUAGAAAAUGUUAUAUAAAUCUAAUAUUUAGAACGUUAUAAUCAUGGAUUUUUUAACGCAAUGUUUCCUGUACAAAAUAUUUAUAAUUAAACAUUAUUAAAUUGCCAUGGUAUAACUCCUUCAGUAUUGAAAUAAUUGCAAAAGUUCUCACGAAUUUCGAUUGCGUUUUGUGUACUAUUAUUAUUACCACAUGUAGUAAUAUCUCUUAACGCGCUAAUUUCGAUGUCUUUUCUCCAAGAACCAGCAACAAACCCAUCAGGUCUAUCUUGAUCAACAAGUGUGUCAUCAACAUAUUGGUUUACUCCGAUAUCUUGCUUACGAAGAAAGUUGGUGCAAACAUACAAUAGCUUGUACAAUUUUUAUGGAUUUUUUUACCGUACAAAUAAUUGGUUGUUUUAAAAUUCUCCAACGGCUGACCAAAAUACCAAAAGUAUUUUCAAUCGUUCUUCUGGCUCGACUAAGACGGUAAUUAAAAAUUGUUCGUUCUUGAUUUAAACCGCCUUUUCCAGGAUACAACCAAAGUAAGUAUUCUGUUAACUGAAAUGCUUCAUCCCCUACAAGCAAGUAUAAGGUAAAGGUUUUACAUUUAUUGUAAGAGAUGCUGGUUUUAGCAAAUUUAUUUCACGAUUGUUGAAUUUGUGACCUAUUAUAGAAUCUCUAAAGAUUCCACCGUCACUGCGUUCGCCAUAACCUCCGAUGUCAACAAAGGUUAAAAUAUAAUCUGCAUUGCAAAUUCCAAGUAAUACGAUGCUAUGGCUAUGUUUGUAAUUAAAAUAUGCAGAACCUGCAUUAUCUGGGCACUAAAAAUAAAUUUCAAGAAUUUAUAUAAUUUAUUCUUACAUUAUACAUAUAUUAUUUUUACACCUGAAGAAGAACAUUUUUCCAUCGAUUGCUCCAAUACAAUGGUUAAAAUUCCAUUUUGUCUCGAAGUCACCAGCAAUGUUUAGCCAAUUAUCUUCCUUCAAACAAGAAGGAAGUACUUUCUUCUGCAGACAAUUCCAAAUAGCAUCACAUGUCUCUUCAAUGAUAUUACUCGCUGUUUAGAAUCUAUAUUAUGAAGAGUGUAUGAAGUUAGCCUCCCUUUUUUUGAAAUUCAUAUUUUUGAAAGUUGUUCCAGGUUGUUCUGAUUUUGUACUACAUUGUUCCAAAACGAUAUUCCUUAAUUCUCAACAGUUUUUUAAUAAAAUAAAAAAAAAACAAUUUUUUUUGCUGGUCUCCCUUUUUUCAAAAAUCGAAAUUUUUUAUCGCUACAAAUUGUUCUAGUUGUUCCAAACAUUGUUCCAAAGUAUUAGUUCGAUUGGUUAAAAACUUUAAGAGAUAUUGAAAAAAGAAAAAUUUUAAAAAUAACAGUUUUUGGCCAUUUAUUCGUAAACAAAAUGACUUACAAAACUGUCGAUCUAGAACAUAUUUCUAACCGCGUAGAACAACUCAGAACAAAAAUUUUAAGACUAGAACAAGAACCUAAAGGGUACCUUACUCUUCAUCGAAAAUAUUAUUUUUUAAUUUUUUUUGUUAAAAAUCUUGUUCCAGGCUUCCCGCUUUAAAACUAUCGUGUUCUCCACUGGAACAACUCAGAACAAAAUUUUUAAGACUAGUACAAGAAUCUAAAGAGUACUUUACUCUUCAUCGGAAAUAUUAUUUUUUAAUUUUCUUCGUUAAAAAUCUUGUUCCAGGCUUCCCGCUUUAAAACUAUCGUAUUCUCCACUAAAACAUAAAAAUCAAUUAAUGUUUCAGCGGCAGUUGUCGACGACGUGCGUCAAUUAUGGAUAAUUUAACACAAACAUAUUACGACUGGUACUGCAAUUAUAUAAAUUCUGUAAAUAAUCAUAGAAGAAAAUUACAGAAAGCAAUAACGCUUGUAAUGCCUGUAAUAAUUAAACAUUUACAAGAAAAAAAAAACGAAGACCAUAUAAAAAGAAACGAUAUUGGGAGUCUCCAAUAGUAAAGAGUCGUCGUGUACAUGGUAAUUAUGCUUCGUUAUUUCUUUUGCUGCUCACGAAUAGAGAAUUGUUUACCAAUUACUUCAGAAUGUCAGCAACACAUUUUGAAGUAUUGGUACAGUUAGUUGGACCUAGCAUUGAAAGAACACGUGAAACCAUAGCACGUCGACCUAUAUCUGUUGGCGAGCGAUUGGCUUUGACACUAAGAUAUGUUGUUUCUGGAGACAGUAUGGUUUCAUUGUCUUACCAAUUUCGAAUGGGAAAAUCUACUGUUUCCAAUAUAAUUUUCGAAAUAUGUACAGCAUUAUGGAAUAAAUUACGAGCAUCUGUUUUAGAAUUGCCAACAACUGAAGAUUGGAAAGGAAUUGGAAAAGGAUUUGAAUCUCAGUGGAAUUUUCCUAAUUGUAUUGGUGCAAUCGAUGGAAAACACAUUCCCAUACAGGCUCCCGCGGGUGCUGCAAUGGUUCUGAAUAUUAUAAUUACAAAGGAUUUCAUAGUAUAGUGUUAUUGGCUCUAUAUGUGAUUAUCGUUACGCAUUUACGAUGUUGGAUAUUGGAGCUACUGGGCGCCAGAGCGACGGUGGUAUUUUCUCAUCGAAAAUGAGAAAAUAUUUUGAAGAAGACAGAAUGGGAGUGCCAAAUCUGGUAUCUGUAUUGGACAGCGAUACUGUUCUUUAUUUUGUUGCAGUUGGAGAUCAAGCAUUUCCCUUGACAACAUAUUUAAUGACACCUUAUCCUGAAAAUAACAAAUUGUCACUUGAUCAAAGAAUUUUCAACUACCGUUUAUCGAGAGCUCGAAGAAUUAUUGAAAAUACAUUUGGAAUCCUUACUGCAAAAUGGAGAAUACUUCGAAGAACAAUAGACGCAAAUAUAGAAACAAUGUAAGCUAUUGUAAAAGCAACGAUAUGUCUCCAUAAUUAUUUAAUAAAAAAGGAAGAGUCGACAUAUUUUUGCAAGUCAAUGGUAGAUAGAGAAACAAGAAAUGGAGAUGUAAUUCCAAGUAUUUGGCAAAAUGAUACAUCUGAAAAUAAUUUAUUUCAAAAUUUAAAUCAACCAAAUCAAGCAGUAUUAAGUCGAGAAGCUUUACAAGUACGAAGAAAGUUCACAGAGUUUUUCGCCAAUGAAGGAGCAGUACCUUGGCAAUUUCACCAAAUUUAUCAUUAAUAAUGCAAUUGACUAAAUUAAAGAAAAUAUAUUUUUUCACACACAUUUUUUUAUUUUC